AUGGAGGAGACACCAACUACACCGAUCACUGUGCUCAAACGCCGCACCCCAUGCAUCACACAGAUACAUAGAGCCAACUCGACAUCUAGCUCUCUUUCGAGUAUGUCGUACCCACAGAUCCCUACUCGCCGUUCAUCCCUUUCCACGAGCGUGGAAUACGAUUCAAGCGAGCUUGCGACAUCAACCAGAACCCCAUCCCUCAGUGAUAGUCUGUACAAUAUCGAUGUCGUUAAAAUCCGUCAGGAUCAUGCUACAGCUUCCCGAGGUAUCCGCAAAACUGGUCUUGAUGCGAAUGACGACCCAUUUCUCGACCAGACGCCGUGCCGCCGUGUUGAUCCUCGAAGAGGAGUCAUGACUGCGAGUGGGUAUCAGUUAGCGCCACAACUGCUUGUCCGCUGGAGCUCUGGGUCUUAUGGCUCUGUAGAGCCAUGUAUCUCUUCAAAGUCAGCCUCGGCUUCCGGUGCAAUGGAACCGCCAGACGAUUCCAUCUCAAAGGACAAACCCAGAAUGGAUGGUGCCCGGUCUUUAUCAAACAUGCUGCGCCCAGGGUCAUCCGGAUUACUUUGUCCGUUGGAGCUUCCUGUCGCAUUUGCCACAAUGAGAUCCUACGCAGGCUGGCCGUGCAUGGGCACAGAUUCGAUGUCUGUGUGGACGUCAGUAAAUGUGUCUGUUGAUGUUGAGCCUAUUUCCCUGCCUGAGACGUCGACCCUUGCACCCCUUGACAUUAUUAUACUUUUUGACAAUUUGCAGCAGUCUUCUGUUAGCCUUUUGACAUCAAUGGUCCUGGCCUCUUCUGUGCUCGCUUCGAACUUGGUCGUUGACAGUGACAGGAUAGCCAUAGCAUAUGUUGACGGAAGUUCUAGAAACGGGUUCAAGCCAUUGCUUCCGUUAGGGUUCCACUCAUUUGAGACGUUGAGAACUGCUCUGAAUGAAUUUUCCCUCCGCCGGUUGAAGAAGAAAAUGAGAAGAUCCUCUGACGUGGGUAAUUCUAUUCGACAGGCCUCUCGACUCUUUCACUCCUCUCCCAGAGCAGCGUUCUGUCAUCUGGUAUUCGUUUCCGCGUGUCCCCCAGAAAAUCUGUUUGUAUCUGGCGUGGACACGGCUAUUGGUAUCCAUACAAUCUCCCCUCAGCUUCGUUUUCCUCUUGGCACAGAAAACCAUCCACUUGGCUGGCACAUUUUCUAUGAUGCCGAUGCAGACGAUCCACGAUCCUGUGAAGUUCAUUUCAUGCGAAAGGUCUCCAAGGUCGUUCGGCAGCUUCGUACUGGUCUCAGCCCUGGGGCCCUAUCGGACUUAAAACUGUUUGUUGAGCAGGGCCACGCAUGCCGGUUUGAGUCGGCAAUGGAAGACUGCCAUCUGGCGCGUUUACGACCAGGAGAGACAUGGAUCUUCAAAGUGAAAAUUGGUGUGCCGAUCGAGUUUUAUCAGGAAACUCAAUUGACUGAACAUCCCGUGCUCGAAGACUUGAUCAGGCAGAUCAACAGUGUUAUAAAAGCGUAUUCUUCUGAGCCGGCUGCCCAACAUGUUCUAAGCGCCCGCCUCGAGCAUCAGCACUCUUUGCUACCGAGACCGCAUUCUAUUUGCCUGGAAACCCACUGCACCAUCUCGCGCACCCCGGGUGUGCCGCCCCGUCCUUCUAACGAUUAUCGCAAGGUUUCAGGCCUAAUGUCGUAUGAACUGGAUGAUGACGCUAUCAGUAUCAGUUUGGGAUCUGCAAGCGAAAUCAGUUGA